AUGUCGCGCCCUCUUUCCCUCUUCAGCGUCCAGGCGAUCCUGGUCCUCGCCAUCGACGACGGCUCCCGCAUCCUCACCAAGUACUACUCGAACCCACACCCGCCGGCCGGGCACCAGAAUGACUACCCUGGCCAGAUUGCAUACAAGACGGUCAAGGACCAGAAGGCUUUUGAAAAGGGACUGUUGGAGAAGACGGCCAAGCAGACGACAGACAUUAUAUUGUAUGACGGCAAGGUCAUUGUCUUCAAGAUGGAGUCGGACGUGAUGCUCUAUGUGGUUGGAAGCGCCGAAGAGAACGAGGUUCUGCUAUACAGUGUCGUCCUGGCAUUGAGAGACUCGCUCAACAUCCUCCUAAAAAAUUCGGUCGACAAGCGCACCGUCAUCGAGAACUACGACCUUGUGUCACUCGCUGUUGACGAGCUCGUAGACGACGGUAUUAUCCUCGAAACGGACCCGGUCAUUGUUGCCUCGCGCGUCAGCAAGCCCCCAGCUCAAGACAUGACCUCGAUGAAGAACAUCGACCUCUCGGAACAAGGAUUCCUGAACGCAUGGGAGUUUGGCAAGAGACAGCUUGCGGAGAGGAUACGGCAGGGUCUCUAA